UUAAUUAUAAUAAAAUAUCAGGUUGAUUUGAAUUUAAUUAUAAUAAAAUAUCAGGUUGAUUUGAAUUUAAUUUGAUCAUCUACCUCUAUCAUGAAAUCUUAUGUAACCAUAACCAACUCCGAAAUAAAAAAUGUGCGCCGAAAUUGGACACAGAUUUUCAUUUGUCUGCUGCUUAAUUCCUUGAUCUUGAUUGGUUUAACAGUGAUCCAAGAAGUUCCUUGAAAUCUUGGCCAAUAAUUGCGACAUGGUAACAACAGAUUCCGAGAUAGAAAUGGAUUCACCUUUGGAAUCAAAUGAGCAGCAACAGCCUAAGAAUCAGUCGUCGGGGCGGCAGUUGUCGAUAUACUCCCUCACGCUCGAUGAGUUCCAACACACUCUCUCUGAGAAUGGCAAGAAUUUCGGAUCUAUGAACAUGGAUGAGUUCCUCAACAGCAUAUGGACCGCCGAGGAAAAUCAAGCUCACGCGCACGCCCACGGCCAAGGACACGCUAUGAAUGGCGCUGGCACCGUCCCCGGCCAGCAUUUUCAGCUGCAAGAAAACAAUGGGGAGGGAAUAGCCAAGCAGCAUAGUUUGCCUAGGCAGGGCUCACUCAGCAUUCCUGAGCCUCUGUGCAGGAAGACCGUAGACGAGGUGUGGUCCGAGAUUCACGGGAGUCAGCACCACGGGAAUGGCGGCCACGGCCAUAUUCCGAAUCCCGGGACUACUACUCACAAACAGGCUACUUUUGGAGAGAUGACACUCGAAGACUUCUUGAUACGGGCCGGAGUUGUGAGGGAGCAGAAUUUCGCGAUGGCGCCACCUCAGCAACAGCAGACGCCUUUCGGAAUGUACCAGAACACUAACCAUCCCGCGAUGGGGCCGGGAUUCACCCAAAGGCCGGUGAUGGCUGUUGGAGUUGCUGCUUCCGGGAUCAACUCCGUUUCGGGUUAUCAGCCACUACAGAGUGGUGUGGGAGAUACAACUGGCUAUGGAGUGGGGAUGAAAAGGGGCGGUGGAUAUGCACCACAAGCCCCUCCUCCGGUGGGGAGCUACGGAGGGAGAGUGGGGAACGGAAGUGGAGGGGGGUUCGGGGGGCUGGGAAUGGGGUCACCAGUCAGCCCAUUGUCGGAUGGAAUGGGAGCGAACCAAGUUGAUGGAAUCGAGGGGAUGAGAGGAGGGCGGAAGCGGACGUUAGAUGGCCCGGUGGAGAAGGUCGUGGAGAGGCGGCAACGAAGAAUGAUCAAGAACAGGGAGUCUGCUGCAAGAUCUAGAGCAAGGAAGCAGGCUUACACGGUCGAGCUCGAGGCCGAACUGAACCAGCUCAAAGAAGAGAAUCUACACCUCAAGCAAGCUCUGGCUGAUUUAGAGAGGAAGAGAAAACAGCAGUACUAUGAGGAAGAGGAGGCAAGUCAGGCUCAACUGCAAUCAAAAUCAUACAAAGCUAAUGAGAAAUUGAGAGCAAUGAGAAGGUGCUUGAGCUGUUCUUAUUGAGAAGGCUAAGUAUGGUUAUGGAGGGCAUCAAAGCAGCUAUAGAAAUCAUAUCGUCUUAUACUAGGUUUUUUCAUGAGUCUUCUAAAUAUAUUUGGUAGGGCAAUUAGAUGAGGAAAGUUGUUUCUACAGGGAUAUGUAAUCUUAUCUUAUACCUAAAAUCUAAAUCAGGUAUGAUCUCUCUGCUCCAUUUUAGAAGGUAUGAAUAGAGCAAAAGCAUCCAUAUUUUGAUAUGCAGAUCUGCUAUCUAUGUUCAGAGCAAGCAAAGAAUGUGGUGUUUGUUCUAAUUAGGUUUCCUCAAGCUAUAAAGGUAGGGCAGAUCAACAUAUUAUGUUACCUGUAUCAGCAUCAAUGGAGUAUAUUACUCUGUUUCUCUGGUUUUCAAUUUACUGUAUUUACCAGUUAUCUUUGCGUAAUGGAUCAAAUCAAGCUUUGGGGGAGACGAGAAAGGAUGCAUAAGAAUUAGAGGUAGGGAAAUUGGAAUAAUCAUAAAUCAAUGGCUGAAUUGAUUCAAUCCGCCCAAUAACGUAAGAAGAAAAAAACCCUAGAAUUGCAGAACUCGGUUUGGCGCCGAAGAAGCUAGCGCGGCACCCGAAUUUUCAGCUACGUAUUUUCAAUCGAAUACAAAAUCAAAGACUUUAAUCAUUAGUUGGAGACUUACCCAGCUUUGAUCGGUGAUCGGACUUCAUCCGAAUGCCUUUCCGCCAGCAAGCCUUCGUUGAAAUGCGGGAGAGAACAUAUCAUAUUGUAUCUGAUUAUGCUCAAUUUCCUGAUUGGAAUCAGAGACAGAAAGAAAGGUUGAAAUUGAGAUCUAGCUGAUAGGUUUUCUGCAUUUAUUGGUUCUGCAAUCAGAUAAACCAAGUUGCAGUUUUCUAUUUUCAUCAAUGGCUACCUGCACUUCCCAGCUUCCCUUAUUUCAAACCUCCUGAUGCUCGGAGGCAGGUCGGGGUAUUGGCUGUUCUAGGUCGGGUUGGGUCUUCGGGUGUAACUCAAAAUUGUGGAUGCUUAUAGGUGAAAAUGUUACUGAGAGUCUUGAGAGACUAGCCUUCUUUGAACAAUUGUACUGAAGCCAAGAUCAAGGUUAUUGGGAUUGGAGGCGGUGGAUCGCAUGCUUACAGAGAGUGCGAUGAAGGGGGUCGAGUUCUGGAUAGUUAACUCUGACAUCCAAGCCUCGAUGUUGUUUAUGAUGGUUCAGAUGCCCUGUUGUGAAAUUCGGAAUGAAUUCCCGAGAACAUAUUCCAGAGGAAGAGCUGUUCAAGUGCAAGAAGGUGUCACAGCUUUAAGAGAAAAGGUUGCUACCCUAAUUAUCAUUCCAGGCUGACAGUAGUUACUCCAUCCACACCAGUAACAGAUGCAUUCAAUCUUGCUGGUGAUAUUCUAUUAUUCUCCGACUAGGAUUUUGCGGUUUCUCUUACAUUAUCACGGUAUGACUGAUCAAGAAUGACAAUAGGAGUUUAUAGCAAGCAUAUGGUAAGUGAAUUCUGUUGGUGGUUUGCACGCCUGAAUGAUUACGCUGGAUCUCGCUUGAACGUGAUAAAAUGCGUGUUGCUAUGUACAUUUUCCGGUUCUGAAGCUUAUCAAAUCGUUCAUUAUGUAAAUUACUAAUUGGGUUUCCAUUCUGCAGCAGAGCUCAAGUAAGCAAAAAGUUCAUCUACUCGAUAGAACUAACUCAAAUAUUAGUGACCUCCUUCUAAGUUGCUCCAUUUUCACCCUGAUCUUGAACAAUGAUCAGGACAUUUUGAUUAGAUAACAGAAGUUAAUUUGAUUGCUCUGUUGUUUCCCUGUACCUGGUUUAGGAACUCCACCCCUUUCCACUUCCUGUGUUCACAAAAAAGAUCGAAAAUUUGCAUCACUUUGGAAUUGGAUGAUAAUGAUGGUCAAUGUAGGGACCUUGUUGCAAUGCAUAUAAUACGGUUGAGGCUUGACGGAUUCAGAUUGGUGAUGAUUCGGGUGAGCAUAACUUUGAUAGCCACUGGUUUAAACGUCGAGAAGAAGGUGACGGGAGGACUCCCCCGUAUAUAUAGAGUUAUAUACGCAUACAUCUACAUCUAUCUGUAGUUACUGAGCAUCUGUGGGUUAUGACAUGUAUGGCAGGCAAAUCUGGUUGGACAAGCAGAUUCUAAUACGCAUCUUCCGUCGUCGUUUCUAGAAGGCGGCGUGGUGGGGAUGCCGGAGUUCUUGAGGAUUGAGGAAGAAAGGAAGGUAAAGCUAUCCAAGAGUACAUGAUAGGAUUUCGGUUUCUUAUUUUUAUUUUACAGGAGUAAUUCCUGCCAAAUAAAAUGAGAAUUUUAAUUUUUUAUUUGUAUUGGAGUUUUGUUU